AUGUCAUCUCGAGUCCUAAAAUUCCCAAUAAUGACGCUGAACAAAGCUUGUAAAGUUAAGUCUGAAUAUCAGGAGAAAAGGCAUGGACAAAACCUCCCCGGGGAGGGGACGCUUACCAGAAAAAUCCUCAAUCACGGCCUUCUGACAUCUGCCUCCGGACUCGGAAUCUCGGACUCGGUCGGCCAGCGCCUUGAGCCCAUGCGGCAAUGCAAGAUAGGUCAUAACUCCGCUGGAGAAGUGACUCUCCGCUCUUGUCGUAAAGGUCACCGCAUCCUGUGCUUUAGCUUUUUGGAAGGUAUCGCUUUCGUGGAACCCGAGGACAACGGUGUGGGCGGCCUCGUGAAAAAUUCAAAACUAUCAGGACAAUCGCCGAAGACCAUGACCACAUUCGAGGGCUUUACAACGAGAGCACCAAACCUUCCCGCGACGGCAAUCAGGUGA